UUGAAGCUUAUGUAAUAUGCUUUAAAAUUAAAAAAAAAAUGUUGGACUUUAUUUUGUCUUCACGGUGAAAAUGGCUACCGAAUGCUAUUUUUGUGUGAAAAUUUUCGAUUUUAUUUUUUACAUUUUUAACUUUAUAAUGCUAUAACUUAUUGAAAAGUUCAUGGAUCAACACAAUUUUUUUUAUGAGAAAUAAUUAUUUUUAAUAAUCCCUUUUUCAUUCGACAUACUUUAUCUUAAUCAGGAUAUUAAUAAGGAACCAGCAGAUCAUGUAACUUUUGGAAUAAUCUACCAAUUUUUUAAAAUUAAAAACUAUCUAAAGAUUUGCAUCGGAGCGUUUUUUUUUUAGUGAUAUUAAUCACUGUCAGAUAUCAUUAUACUUGAUCCAACUAUGCCACGUCACAAUUAUGCUGUGAACCACCUGUAUUGGUUUUUUUUAUCAUUAUUCAACAAAUUUAGUUCGAUAUCUGAUUAUAAUUGUUCAAUUAUCAAACUGUUUUCAAUAAAAAAGUUCGAUUUAAUUUUUUACAAUUUUAAAUUUGAUUUUCAAACUUAAGAUUUUUGAUUCGAUUCGAAUAUCACUAGUUUUUUUUUCAAUUUCAAUUAAAUUAAAACAUUAUUAAAGCAAUUAAAUUACGAUUUUUUCCAAAUUUAAUGUUUGCAAUAUUUACACUGAGCAUAUACAGUGGCAAAUUAUGGAUAGCUGAAUUCAGAAGUUUACAUGAAAACUAAACACUCGCUUGAUAAAGAGCAUAACAAGUGGGUGCGGGCUUGUACAUAUCAGCUGAUCUAUAUUUGUGACAUUGUGUGUGAACGGAAUUGAAUAGCCCAAAUACAAUUGCGAUGAAAUUUAAAAUUACUUUUAAGAAGUACAUAUUUGUUGUGUUUAAUGUAUACGAGUGCAAUUGAAGAUUCAGGACGGUUAAUUAUGUUAAAUCUACAUGGAUAUUAGGAGCCUUAUAGAAGACAAAAUCAAAAUUAAAAGAGGACUUACGUUUUAUAUAUUAUAAGUAUUGUAAUAGUUGAUUAGGUGACCUUACUAUUAACUAUUGAUUAAAAAUAUAUCAAUAAAUACCUGAAAAGACUAUUUGUACUAUAUUUCCUUCGGGUCAAUUUUUAUUCAAUUUAUUCAGUAUUUCCACUAAAGCACAUACCAGUUACCAUUACGCUUUGACUGGGUGUCAGAUAGGAGGCCAAGACCCCGGCCACUACAAGAAUACCUCAGCGUUUAAUACCUCUAUGAGAGGAGCUUAAUUCAUAUCUUUUUAUAUCUACUUGUCUUUACUGAAACCCAACGUAAACUAACAUAAUGCAAUGGGAGGACAAAACCUUAUGUAAACUAACCUAAUGCGGGGGAGGGAGAGGAUGAAACCCAACGUUUUCUAAGAAUUUUAUCAUCGACUAGCAGACGCUUAGGUAAGCAUAUGUCUGACAUCAAAGGUAUCAUAAUAUUAUAUCGCUAAUAAGCGUCUGUAAUUUUAUGGGAAAAAAUUGUGACGCUGUCUUUGUAUUAUUAAAUGUACAAAUCAUUUCUAAGAAUUUUACCAUCAACUACCAGACGCUUAGGUAAACAUAUUUUUUUAAUAUUGAAGAUGUCGUCAUAUAGUAAUAAUCAUUAUCGUAUGAAUUUUAUGAGAACAAUGGUAUCGUUUGUCGUUAUGGCAUUAUAAUUUCUAAGAAUUUUACCAUCGACUACCAGACGCUUAGGUAAGCAUAUUUCCGACAUCAAAGGUAUCAUAAUAUUAUAUCGCUCAUAAGCGUCUGUAAUUUGAUAUGAGAACAAUUGUGGCGCUGUCUGUGUAUUAUUAAAUGUAUAGCUAUAAUUUCUAAGAAUUUUAUCAUCGACUACCAGAAGCUUAGGUAAGCGUAUUUCAAACAUCAAAGGUACCAUUAUAUUAUAUAGCUCAUAAUAGUCUGUAAUUUGAUAUGAGAACAAUUGCGGCGCUGUCUGUGUAUUAUUAAAUGUAUAGCUAUAAUUUCUAAGAAUUUUAUCAUCGACUACCAGACGCUUAGGUAAGCAUAUUUCCAACAUCAAAGGUAUCACCGUACAGUAACGAGCACUGUCGUAUGCAUUUUAUGAUAAAAAUGACACCACUGGAUGUGUUUCACGCCUACGCAGUAUUUUAUUCUUUACUAUAUAACCGGUGAAAUACUUCUUGUCCUGUCACAUUUGUUUUUAAUUGUCAUUAACGUGCAGUUGUCAUUUUGAAAACCAGAAAUUUAUUAUUUAAUAAUUUACACGUAUAAAUAAAACCAUGAACCAGCAAGAUCAAGCGUCUUCUACACAAGUUACUUCUGCGACAUCUGUUUCAUCACGUGAGGCGGCUAAGCGUAGUAGGGCUAACAACAGCGCGGUUAGCUCGAAAAGGUUACGUAUGCAAUUGACGGAUACCCAUGAUUUCUCCGAGAUCGAUUGCGCAUUGGAUCGGAGGCCGUUUGGUUUUAUCGGAAGAACGUGGAGAAUUUCGCGAGCUAUCGAGAUUUUCUGCGCGCCGUUAAACCCGAGCUGGUGGUCAUACUCGCUGAAAUUGUAGGUAACCGACCGAUCAAGUAAAAUCUCAAAUUGGAGGCCUCAUAUCAUAUACCGCUAUCGGAAGCACCGCCCGAGGACCGUGCCUUUAAAACACGAGCUAAGGCAUUGCUAUCCGAUACAGAUAUCGGGUGUGCGGUCGAUGAAGAUUUUGAGGUUAUGCUCGUCGAGGAAGACGUGUACUCUGGGAGGGGUAGCGGCUUUACUUUAUCGCAUAUCGACGGCAUUAUGCUCAGCGUAUACAAGUAUACGCCCCUCGCCGGCUCAUCAUAUAUUCCGAUUCCGUCCGAAAUUAAUAAUAGAAAAGCAAUCAUCAACCCACAGAAUAUCGAUCAGUCUUAUUUCAAGUGGUCUAUUUUGGCGAGACACGUCAAGGGAGACCACAAAUAUCGCGUUGAUCGAAAAUAUUUUAACGAGGAUCACAGGUAUAAUUUCACAGGGUUGACGUUCCCCACACCUGUGUCCCAAAUUAAAAUAUUUGAACGACAAAACCCUAACGUGUCUGUCAACGUGUACGGCUUGGAACGAGACGACGUUAAGAUGAAGUGGUUGGUGUAUCCGCUAAGAGUUGCCGACCAAGAACAACAGAAUCAUUUUGACCUAUUGUAUAUUGGCGACUCUGAAAAAUCACAUUACGCGUACAUUUCAGAUUUUUCUAAGCUUGCUCGUAAACAAAAAACCAGACACCAAGGUCGCAUAUACACUUGCAAACGUUGCUUCACCUGCUUUGAUGAUCGGCCUAAAAAGCAUAUUCUUCGGGGUCAACAAGCGUUGGAGCAACACAAGUUGAUAUGCGGCAAAAAUAAACCAAUUUUACCUGUUAUGCCGGCAGAGGGCAGUAAGGUCGAAUUUGAAGCGUGGGUAAAGACGCAACGGUUACCGUUCGUCAUCUACGCCGAUUUUGAGGCCUUACUGGAGAAAACAGACGAUCGCAUGGGUGCAUACACCAGGACUGUGCAUCCCAUGAGCUAUGGGUUGAAAACAUCGGACGAUGUACCCUCCGAGCUCCUCGAACGCUACGGUAUACCACAAUCACCGGUGAUAUACCGUGGCUCCGAGGAUCGCGAAGAGGUCGCUAAGGCAUUCGUGAUGGCUGUAACUGAAGUGACGCGCAACAUUUCUAAAUUGUUGCGCAAAACUAACGUUCCUAUCAGAAUGUCUGCCGAUGAUGUGCGCAGGCACGGGGAGAAAGUGGUAUGCGACUUAUGCCGUUCAGCAUUCAAGGAUUCCAACCCUAAAGUCGCAGACCACUGCCAUUUAUCGGGGCGAUUCAGACAGACGUUGUGCAAUGCAUGUAACCUAAAAGUGAAGACGGUCAACUUUGUGCCGUGCUUCUUACACAAUCUAUCAGGUUACGAUGCGCAUUUCAUCGUCACUGAAUUGGGGUACGACGACCAAAGGAUUUCGGUCAUACCGAAUUCCGAGGAGAAGUAUAUUUCAGUCACGAAAUACGUAACCAAUUACUUUUCCAUACGGUUCGUCGACACCUUCCGGUUCAUGGCCUCCUCCCUGUCCACCUUGGCCGGUAACCUAAUGACGCCUGAUUUCGUUAAAUUUCGGGAAACGGCCAAGGUGUUCCGUCCGGAAGACAUGUUGUUGGUGACGCGUAAGGGCGUAUACCCCUACGAGUACACUGAUAGUUGGAUUAAAUUGGAAGAAACGGAACUACCGCCUCAUGACGCUUUCUAUAGACAGUUAAGUGAGUCGAAUAUCGAUGAUGAUGACUAUAGACAUGCCACGGAGGUAUGGAACCGUUUCGGCUGCUCAACCCCCGGUGAGUACAGCGACCUAUACCUUAAGAUUGACGUGUUGUUGUUAGCUGAUGUGUUUGAGAACUUCCGCGACAUCUGUAUUUCCACAUACAAUUUGGACCCGGCGCACUAAUACACCGCGCCUGGUUUUAGCUUCGAUAGUAUGUUGAAAUACACCAGGAUGAAGCUGGAGUUCUUGAACGACUAUGACAUGCGACUGAUGGUGGAACAGGGUAUUCGUGGUGGGUUAGUGCAGGCUGUUAAGCACUAUGCAAAGGCUAACAAUCCUAAGACACCCGAUUACGAUCCGUCAAAACCAGACUCGUGUAUCGUGUAUCAAGACUGCAAUAACCUUUACGGGUGGGCUAUGAGUCAGCCCAUGCCGUACGGUGGCUUCCGGUGGUAUAAAGGAACAGACCCUCUGGCUGACCUCCAAUCGUUGUCGGACACUGGUAAUACGGGGCGUAUAUAUGAAGUGGACGUAUUGUAUCCACAAGAGCUGCAUGACGAGCACAACGACUUGCCGUUCUUGCUUGUCAACGAUGUACCGCCGGGUUCCAAAGAGACCAAACUCAUGGCCACUUUGAAACCCAAACAGCGGUACGUCGUACAUUACGUUAAUCUUAAACAGGCGAUCGCACACGGACUGCAAGUCGAUAAAGUGCACCGCGUUUUAGAGUUUCAACAAAGUGCUUGGUUGAAACCAUACAUUGAGUUGAACACUGAAAUGCGGAAAUAGGCGGCAAAUGCUUUUAAAAUAGCGUUUUUCUAGCUAAUGAAUAAUGCCGUCUUUGGGAAAACCAUGGAGAACAUGCGAAAGCGUACACGCAUUGAGCUAAUCUCCAGUUCCAAACGUCUAAGCAAGCUCGUAAACCAACCAACCUUCAACGACUGUAUCAAAUACGGUGAAAGGUUGUGCGCUGUCAUAAUGGACACAAAG